CUGAUAUAAUGAUCCGCCAAGGGAGCAUUGAUGAUAUAAAUGCCCAACAGUUUUUAAAGAUUUCCAACUAUGAAGAUACAGUUAGGCAACUGGAUAUAUACUAUGCCAUAGUUAAGAGACAGUUACUGAGAUUUCAGAGUCCCAUCACUGGAUUAUUUCCAGUUUUGUCAUCAGAUUUACAUAUUGGAAGUGUUAGGGACAGUAUAUAUUGUGCAGCUGCAGUAUGGGGCCUGUAUCAAGCAUAUCGGAGAAUUGAUGAUGAUAGAGGGAAAUCACAUGAAUUAGGCCAGAGCACCGUAAAAUGUAUGAGAGGUAUUCUGGAAUGUUGGAUAAAACAGGCAGCAAGGGUAGAAGCUUUUAAGACAAGACAAUGCGCUGCGCACGCCCUGCAUGUCAAAUUUCAUCUAACGACUGGGGAGCCUGUGCUUAGUGAUGAUCAAUAUCAUCACUUGCAGAUUGAUGUGGUCUCGCUCUAUUUGCUGUUUCUAGUUCAGAUGAUCACAUCUGGUCUGCAAAUUAUUUACACACAGGAUGAAGUUGCUUUUGUACAAAAUUUAGUAUAUUAUGUUGAGCGCGCAUACCGUACUCCUGACUAUGGCAUGUGGGAGAGGGGAAGUAAAUAUAAUGAUGGAAAACCAGAGAUUCAUGCCUCGUCUAUAGGAAUGGCCAAGGCGGCGCUGGAGGCGAUCAACGGCUGCAACCUGUUCGGCGACAAGGGCGCGUCGUGGAGCGUGGUGUACGUGGACAUAGACGCGCACAACCGCAACCGGAGCAUCUUUGAGACCAUGCUGCCCAGGGAGUCUAGCUCCAAGGGAGUCGACGCGGCCCUCUUACCAACAAUAUCCUUUCCCGCCUUUGCAACACACGAGGAACUUUUGCUACAAUUGACCAAAAGCAACGUUUUAAAUCGCUUACAAGGCAGAUACGGUUUCAAAAGAUUCAGCCGAGAUGGCUAUAAGUGUGUUCUAGAAGAUCCAAACAGGAGGUAUUAUAACGAGGGAGAGUUGAAGGAGUUCGAAGGUAUUGAAUCAGAAUGGCCACUGUUCUAUGUAAUGAUGAUCAUUGAUGGGGUAUUCCGAACAUUACCUGAUCAAGUUGAAGAGUAUCAGAAGCUGUUAAAAUCUAGGAUAUAUAUGGAUGAAUAUGGAGAUCCAGUUAUUCCAUGGUAUUACUACGUGCCGCGAGAGGGCAUCGAAAACGAGCGAAAUGAACCUUAUUCUGUGCGCAGAAUUCCGGCAAGUAAGUAAAAAUUUAUAUCGAAGUGUGGGUGCGGUCCAGACACGGGCGGGCUGUUCCUGUGGGCGCAGUCGCUGUUCGUGCUGGCGCAGCUGCUGACGGGCGGACUGCUGCACGUCAACGAGCUGGACCCCGUGCGCCGCUACCUGCCCUCCUACAACCGGCCGCGCCGAGUGGGCCGGUACUCCGCCUUCCAGGGUACAGCAACGGAUCUGGUAGUCCAAGUCGUGCUCAUCGCAGAGUCGAUGCGUCUUCAAGCAAUGUUGGGUACUUACGGUAUUCAGACACAAACUCCGCACGAAGUGGAACCUGUGCAGAUAUGCAGCUCCACCCAGCUGGUCCAUGUGUACAGAGAGCUGGGUGUCUGCGGCAAACUAAAACUUACAGGAAGACCAAUACGACCCGUUGGCUCUCUCGGUACGAGCAAGAUAUACAGGGUUUGCGGAAUGACAGUGCUCUGUUAUCCGCUAAUAUUCGAAGUGUCGGAGUUCUACCUGUACAGAGACAUGGCGUUACUUAUAGAUGAUAUUAAGACUGAAUUACAAUUUGUUGGAAAAUAUUGGCGGUUAUCCGGACGUCCCACCGUGUGCCUCUUGGUUCGUGAAGAACACAUGAGAGAUCCCCACUUCAAGCAGAUGUUAGAUCUUUUUGCGAUGCUCAAAAAGGGUCACUGCGAUGGAGUCAAAGUUCGUCUCGGACGAUUACAAAACCUCAUUUCUAGUUCCUGUAUCGAGCACCUGGACUUCAUGAGCCAGGGCGAGUUCCCAUCGGCGAUGUUCGCUCAGUUCAAGCAGCUUCAGCACGACUACAUCGGCUACCAGUCGCUGACGGACGUGCCGCGCACGCUCACGCAGCGCGACCGCGGGCCCGACAUGGCGGCCUUCCGCGCGCGGCCCACGGCCGACGUGGUGGCGGCCCUGCGCGCCUGCGAUAGCUUGUAUGCGCAGGCGCAGCUGUGGGGCAUCCUGCUGCAGCGCGAGGGGCCCAUGUACGAGGUGAACGGCACGAGCGCGCUGGAGGCGCUGAAGGCGCUGUACGGCAGCGCCGGCGUGCUGCGCAACUGGCGCGCCGUGCGCUACUGCUCGUCGCUGCUCAACCACACCGUGGACUCCAUCAGCCCCUUCAUCACCACCGUGCUCGUCAGCGGCAAGCAGCUAACUGUAGGUGUGAUAGGGCAAAAGGAGACGGUGUUCGAUAAGCCGAUGACGCCCGGUGAGAUCCAGUCCGUUAUGUAUUCUACCAUACAACCUUACGAUAUCAUCGGCGCUGUGUUGCAACAGGAAAUAGUUUUGUACUGCGGUCGUCUGAUCGGCACCAAUCCAGACAUGUUUCGCGGGAUCCUCAAGAUCCGCGUCGGCUGGGUGUUAGAGGCGAUACGUAUUUACUUAGAUUUAUACCCGGAAGAGAAGCGGGCGGAUGCUACAUUCGAGAGCCUCUCGCCCUACAAACUACGGACAUUAUUACAAAAGGUGCUCACCGUGUCCGACUGGGCUGAGGAGAAGGGAUUAUCGCCUCUACAUCGAAGAAGAUUGGAAGGUUGUCUGUGCCGGGUGCCGAAACAUUUCUAUAGGCAUGUGUGGGAUAUUUUACUUCGCACUCCUAACGGAAUCAUUGUGGAGGGCCACGCCAUCCCCGCGCAGCCGACGCUGGUGAACAUGUCGCGCUCGGAGCUGUCGUUCGCGCUGCUGGUGGAGGGCGCGCUGGUGCGCGUGGCGUCGGCGGAGCGGCGCCAGCUGUGCGUGGAGCUGCUGUGCGCGCUGGCCACCAUCCUGCGCCGCAACCCCGAGCUCUACCUGCGGCACGCGCUGUGCCUCGACCGCCUGCUCGACGACGCGGAGCUCACCUACGCCAAGGACACAGGUAACGAGGCCAGUUCCCUGAGCGCGGCGGCGCCGGGCGUGUCGCUGGGCUACCUGGUUAGAGCUGUCGUCAACUCUGUCCUCCAAGCCGCAGCCACACCCGCUUCCGCAGCGCAGACCGACCACGAAUCCUGUCUCGUCGCCUAGAUACCCCGCACACUUGGGGCUGUUAUCACCUUGUUUACUAUCAUUUGACUUCGAAAAUUUGGCUACCCGAAUUGGGCCUUCGUCAACUACGUGUUACAAGUAGCAGUUACACCCGCCUCCGCCACUCAGAUUAGCCUUGAUAUAUAUGGUAGAUACCAAACAUAGGGUUGUCACUAUUUUACUUACCGGAACUUGUAUCUCUUGUGUUUUUUCGAAUCGAUUAUGAAAGUAAAUCCGUCAUAAAUACUGAUAUCUAAAAAAUAUUGAAGUAGUAAGGCACACUAACUGAAGCUAAAAAAGGGUAAACAAUUAAAAAAAAUUGCAGGCAACCCUAAAUGACUGUAUGAAUCAUUUUCAUACGUGUCUCAAACUAUAUGUUUUUCACACAAAUAUAAAGUUUUCAUGGUUCAAUGACUUCUGUAAACAAUGUUUUAAUGCCAUAUACAUUUAAAAAAAACUCGGAUUCAGCUUUUAUAUCUGAGACAUAACAUUAUAGAUGUUUUGUACAUCAUACAUGCUUUAUUCUUUGUUUAGUAAUGUCCUAAAAUAUUGUCUAUCUAUAGCACCUUGCUAUACUAGCAUAUUAUAACUUUUUUGUGAUUUUAUUACAGAUAUUAUAUUUCACCUGAUCAGUCAAAAUUUCUAUUAGUUUUAAUUUAAUGUAUAAACGAAUUUGCCAACGUUGUGAUAGUUUUGUAAUCAUAAAGAUAUCUUUUUUUCUGAGGUAUUAUUUCAAUUUUGUAUCGCAUAAUUUACUUAAUGGACAAAGUAAUGAAUUAUGUUUCCCGUUACUGUUUUACAUUUUAUAUAGAAAUUUUAAAAUUUUGUUAUUUUUAUAAAUUAAAUAAAAUGUCAGCCAUGUUAAA